GGACACGAUAAUUCGUUCCCAUCGGAGCUUGCAUUUCUUUUUGUAUUAUUUUGGCGUUUACAACCCAUCAGCAAUCACUCGUGUUAGGGGCUGAACUCACUCACUGACCGAUUCUCAAACAAAUAUGGCGGAAACCUCUUCGUCUCCGGCUGCUCCACCCAAACCUGUUGUCGUUAGGGUCAAACGAAAACCCUCUCAAUCUCCUCUCGAUGCUCUCUGGUUGGAAAUCAAUGAUAGGCCAUUGAAGCGCUCUCUCUUGGAUUUUGGAAACCUUUCACUUUCUCAUUCUUCUCAAAACGUGGAAUUUCAUAACAAGAAGGUUUUGGUGCAACAUGUGGAGACAAUUAGCAGCUCUGAGGUCACUUUAGAUAUUGUGCAAUCAUUUGUGGAACCUGGUUCCACAAGUGCUUCUGAACCUAAGUCAAAAGUUGAGGAAAGGAAGAACUUCUUCAAAAAAGUUAAUAAGCAAGACCAGCUCUUGUCCAAAGCUAAACAAGAAAAAGAGUCUUCAGCUAAAGAUGCUCGUUUUGAGCAAAUAUGGAAGAGCAGGAAAGAAAACAAGGGGACAACUGAUGUAAAUGCAUUACGAGAAAUAUGCCAAUUCUAUGAUAUUGUUCGUGUUGACUCUGAAGAAAAAACUAAGGAGGUGCAACAGGAAGAUAUCUCCUUGGAGGAUCAAAAACUUUUGUCUAGUUACCUCCCUUUACUAAGAGAGGUUAUGCCUAAUGCUGCUGCAGAGAUUGAAGCUGAUAUAAGUUCUCAUCCCAAACAAGAGGACUAUGUUUAUGACCUAUACACUGUAACGAAUGAGAUGAUUGUUGAAGAAGACUCUUCAUAUUCUUAUCCGGUAAUUCAAGUUGAGGAUGAAGAUUUUUAUGAUGGACCUGAUGAGGAUCCAGAUUAUGAUACCGACGACUCUAAUGCCGAAGGGAAUAUAAAAAAUGAUUAUCCAGAUGAGAUUUCGGAUGAAGAUGAAGAUUCUGAGAGUGAAUCAGAAGAAAGCAAGGAUGGCAAAUCUAGUAAUGAAUCAUCAAAUGAUGAGGAGGACGAGGAUGAUGAACAUCAUGGUUUUGGUAAUGGUUAUAUUUCCGAUCCAUUGUAUGAUGAAGAUUUUGAUCAUUAUGAAGGUCAAGGUGCCGACAAUGACGAGGAUGAACAUGAUGAUCUGGAUAAUGAACAAGCAUGGAGGUGGUCUUACCGAUGAAGCCAUCAGAUUAUUCAUAAAUUUCUGCAGAAGUUUUUUUUGCAUUUAAGGUCUUUUGUUUCCGGUAUUUAGUCGACAAUAUUAAGCAUUGCUUAGUUUGUUUUUAGUUGGUUCUUCGAGUGUAGUUAAGCUGGUUACUAGGGUUUUCAGAUUGGGAAUCAAUCACAUUCAGCUUGUUGACUUGCCUAUGUGUUGUACAUUUGAUAGGAUGUUCCGCGUUCUUAAUAUUAAUAGGAUAUAACUCCCUCCUAGUAUAUAAAAAAAGAAUGUUAUUACC